AUGGGUUUCACUGAAGGCGACCAGCGAGGAGAGAGAGAGAGAUUUCUUCUCGAAAGAUGGGUGAAACCGCCCGAGGUUAAGGAGAUGCAAUCAUCCUCCAAACUAGAGGACGGAGAAAUCGAGGAGGAAAUACCUAGUGAGCUCUGCUUCGACUUUUCCUCUCGCGCACAGAAGAUGGAUCGGAUCGGCAAUCUACCAGACGAGAUUCUUUGUCAUAUAUUGUCCUUUCUUCCCACAAAGCAAGCUGCUUUGACUUCAUCUCUCUCAAAGCGAUGGCUCAAUCUCUGGACGCAUGUCCCCGAUCUCGACAUUGAUGACUCCAUCUUUCUUCAUCCGGAAGUGGGUAAAGGAGAAAGGGACGAAAUUCGACAGAGCUUCGUCGAUUUCGUGGACAAAGUAAUGGCCUUGCAGGGAGAUUCUCCGAUUAAGAAACUCUCCCUCAAGUGUAUAACCGGUUUUGAUCCAUAUCAUGCGAACCGUUGGAUACGCAAUAUGUUAAAGCGUGGUGUUUCGGAUCUUAACCUUUACACUGAUUUCUUCUUCAAGGAUAUCGAACCUGAUUAUGUGCUGCCUGACGAGAUAUACAUCAGUAAGACACUGGUUAAUCUGAAAAUAGGAUGCGAGAUUUGUGUUAAUUGGUGGCAUGAAGACAUGGGAGCUUCUUUACCAAUGCUGAAAAGUCUGAGUAUUGAGUCGGAGAGGAUUUACUGUGGUAAGGUUGAGAAGUUUAUUUCUUCUUUCCCUGUACUUGAGGAACUGCGAAUGGCUACUGUGGAGUGGGAUGAUUCGGAUGUAACAGUGUCAAGUGCAAGCCUCAGGAAGCUAAGUAUCCAUGCCAUUGGUUGUGAUUAUGAUGGCUUUUCGAAUCCAGAUAGCAUUUCUUUUGAUACUCCAAGUCUGCUUUACUUGGACUACUCUGAUAUAGUUGCAGACGACUAUCCGUUAGUUAACAUGAAGAAAUUAUUGGAGGCUCGAGUCAGUCUUGUAGAGAGUGAUGCUCGAUUUAGAGCGCAAGAUAAUGAUUUGUUAGAGGAUGAUGAUGUUGCUGUCCCAGUGGUGAAGCUCAUGAAUGGCAUACUAAAUGUUGAGAAGCUUCACUUAGAUUCUGAUACUCUCGAGGUGCUUUCUCAAUGCUGUGAAUCGAUGCCUGUGUUCAACAACCUUAAAACGUUAUGUGUUACGAGUGAAGAGGGUCGAGGAUGGCAAGCAAUGCCAGUUCUUCUAAGGAACUGUCCACAUUUGGAAACUCUAAUCUUUGAGGGUCUCUUGCACCAUGUUACUGAUAAAUGUGGGGAUGCUUGUGACUGCAUAUCUCGGGAGGAUAGAGGUCGGUCUCUCACAUCUUGUCCAGUGAAAAAGAUAGAGAUUCAAGGGUUUCGAGGAACAAUGAAAGAGAUGACCAUGAUAAAGCAUUUCUUGGAGUACUUUCCAUGUUUGAAGGAGAUGAAGAUCUACUAUUUUGAAGAGAAAGAUCCUACAGAGCUCAGAAACCGUGAAGUGUCUAAUCAUGUCUUGGAGAUGAUGGGACUCGACAACAAGAUAUGGAGUUGUAAUGUCCAGCUCCUAGCUCCUGGUGAGUUAUUGAUUACUUGUCUAAGAAGUGGACUGCAUAAGGAAGUCUCAGACGUCUGA